GAGGCGACUCCACUGGGACCUGCCGCGGCACCCAGACCGCAGCUGCGGAGCGGCGGGAGCGCCGCCCCGGGGAGCGGGAGAGCGGCGGCGACACCGCGUUCCGGGACAGUGACAUCGCAUCCCGAGGCGGUUCCAUCGCAUUUCGAGGCGGUUCCAUCGCGUUCCAGGGCGGUGCCAUCGCAUCCCGAGGCGGUUCCAUCGCGUUCCGGGGCGGUGCCAUCGCAUCCCGAGGCGGUUCCAUCGCGUUCCGGGGCGGUGCCAUCGCAUCCCGAGGCGGUUCCAUCGCGUUCCGGGGCGGUGCCAUCGCAUCCCGAGGCGGUUCCAUCGCGUUCCGGGGCGGUGCCAUCGCGUCCCGGCGGAACCGCAUCAGGCGCGGCGCGUUCCGCUUCCGGCGGCCGCGAUGGUGGAGCAGGGAGGCGGCGAUGGCGCCAUGAGCUUCCUCAAGCGCUUCCCGCCGCCGGCCGACGGCGUCCGCCACCAGCAGGCGGACACGGAGGCGCUGCUGGCGGGGCGCAGCCUGGGCUCCGGCACGCUGUACAUCGCCGAGAGUCGCCUGUCUUGGCUGGAAAACUCUGGAGUUGGCUUCUCCUUGGAUUACCCCACCAUAAGCUUACAUGCUGUCUCCAGGGACCUGAGUGCUUACCCAAGGGAGCACUUGUACGUCAUGGUGAAUGCCAAGUUCGAAGAGGAGACAAAAGAGGCUCCCAUGACUGAAGGGGAGGAGGACGACAGCGAUGAUGACGUUGAACCGAUCGCGGAAUUCAGAUUCGUACCGAGCGACAAAUCUGCCUUGGAAGCCAUGUUCUCAGCCAUGUGUGAGUGCCAGGCCCUGCACCCAGACCCAGACGAUGAGGACUCAGACAACGACUAUGAAGGGGACGAGUACGAUGUUGAGGCCCGCGAGCUAGAGCAAGGUGACAUCCCGAGCUUUUACACGUACGAAGAGGGAUUGUCACAUUUAACUGCAGAAGGCCAGGCCACCCUGGAGAGGUUAGAAGGCAUGUUAGCCCAGUCUGUCAGCACCCAGUACAACAUGGCUGGAGUGAGAACAGAGGACUCCAUAAGGGAGUUUGAAGAUGGGAUGGAGGUGGACGUGGCACCAGUAGUUGCAGGGCAGUUUGAAGAUGCUGAAGUCGAUCACUGAGGAGGACAGGUGCUGCUAUUCCUCUUGUGGCACUUCCAGAAUAAGCUGUAAAACCGAAGGCAUUGCAGUGACUAUCGGGAGUUAACCUUUCUUUUAAUGACCUAAGUUUAGACAUCUAGGUCUAUAAAUGCUUGUAGAGAUGUUUAAGACAGGGUUUGACAUUUGUGACCACUAUGGGGUUAUUUAAAAAAAAAAUAAACAAAAACAACAAAACCUCUUGCAUCUAACACUUGAGUGGGGCUAAUCAGGGGUCAUUUCAUAGAAUCACGGAAUGAUUUGUGUUGGAACAGACCUUAAGGACCAUCUGGUUCCAACCCCACCUGCCAUGGGCAUGGAUGCCAUUGAGUAGAUCAGGUUGCUCAGGACUGCAUCCUAACCUGGCUGUGAGCACUUCCAGGGAUGGGGCAGCCACAGUCUCUCUGACCAAACUCUGUGGCCUUUUAAAGAAGCCUUUGUAGGAAUUCUAGGACUUCAGAAAUAAAACUGUAGGUAGAACAGUAUUUUAGAUUGUCCUAGAAUUUUCCAUAUUUUUUUACCUGUCAUUGACUCUGUGAAGAAGAAAUAGGAAUAAAAAUAUUACAACUAAAAGGAAAUAGGGUUGGCCAUGGAUUAAAAGAAAAGCUAAAUUAAAACCCCCUCAAGUAACUGGCUUUAUCAUUUCAGUUCUAUCCCUUUCAUUUCUCUGAGAGCUGAGCUUGGGUGGUAGAGGAGAUGGAAUAAAGCCUGUAAGGUCCGGAUAAAGAGAACUGUUUUGUGUCUUUGUAUUACAUGUUAACAUUGUUAAAUAAACUAAGAUUUUUGUAUCUCACAACCAGC